CAUCUCCAGACUUUCCUAGCACUUCACAAGACAGACUCGAUCCACCGAUCAUCAAUCCUCAAAAUGCAGACCUUCGCAAUCACCACCCUCCUCGCUCUCGCAGCUGCCUCAUUGACCUCUGCAGCCCCUGUAGCCGAGCCUCGCCAAUUUCAAGCCCAGCUUACUUUCUACGGAGCAGCAGGUGCUUCAUACAGCCUCUCGGUUCCUGCUGAUGCUUCGGAGUUCUAUAUCGACAACCCUCUUUCAGUCUCCAAGAUCUCUUUAGAGGGAGGAGCUAGCUGUGGUAUCAAGGGUAUCGAUGGAAGCGAGACUGUAGUCGUGGGUGCGAACACGGUUGAUGUUGGACCGCCCCAGACUCAAGUUUCUGGCUCUUGCUUGGCUUUGUAGCUGGAAACUUUUGGAAGAUUGUGGGAUGGAAGCAUUGCAUGGAGUAAAUUGUUUUCGUG